AUGAGCUUCAAAGCCAAAGAGCUUGUCAGACCACCAACAACAAAACCUGCACUAUCUCUGAACUCUCACAUGCAUCUCUUCCUCCUCUGUGUUCUUUUCCUAUCUGCCUUCUUUCUUACAGUUUCAGAAGCUUUCUGUAACCCGCAAGAUCGAGAAUCUCCCAUGUGGUUCUCUGGCAACGUCUCUUCUUCUGUUUCUCCUCUAAAUUGGAAUUCAUCCAUUGAUUGUUGCUCCUGGGAGGGAAUAACCUGCGAUGAUUCAUCAGAGAGUCACGUCACUGCGAUUUCCUUGCCCUCUAGAGAACUCUCAGGCCAUCUCCGUUCAUCUGUUCAGACCCUUCACCAUCUCUCUCGUCUCGAUCUUUCUUAUAACAGUAUCUCGGGUCCUCUCCCACCAGGUUUAUUCUCGGCCCUUGAUCAGCUCAUGGUUGUUAACCUUAGUUUCAAUAGCUUCAAUGGUGAGUUGCCACUUGAACAAGCAUUUGGUGAUGGAAGUAACAGAUUCUUCCCAAUCCAUACGAUUGAUCUGUCGAGCAAUCUUCUCCAAGGCGAAAUCCUCAGUGAUUCUACUUUUAUCCAGAGAGCUAUCAAUUUAAUCAGUUUCAAUGCUUCAACAAUCUCUCCGGUGAAAUCCCAGUUGAAUCUGCGGGUUAAUCGGCUGGGAGGAACCUUAUCAGAGGUCAACUUUUCCCGGUUUCAGAGCCUUAGCAUUCUGGAUCUCGGAAACAAUAGCUUCACCGGUAAUUUCCCUGAUACGGUUUUCUCCUGCAAAUCUCUCACGGCGAUCAGGUUUGCAGGCAACAAGUUAACGAGACAGAUAUCUCCUCAAGUAAGGGAACUUGAGGCCCUAUCGUACCUGUCUUUUUCAGACAAUAAACUAACGAACAUUACAGGCGCUCUCAGCAUUCUUCAGGGCUGCAGGAAGCUGUCCACUCUCGUCAUGGCAAAGAAUUUGUACGACGAAACAGUUUCAAGCAAUGAAGACUUUCUUGCCCCAGAUGGAAUCCCUAACCUCCAAAUAUUUGGCAUUGGUGGAUCUCGAUUGAAAGGGUCAAUUCCUGGUUGGUUGGGAACUCUUCCCCAUCUUUUCUACAUCGAUCUCUCAGAUAAUCUUCUUUCAGGAGAGCUGCCAAAGGAAUUCUUUCAGCUGAGGGCUCUGAUGUCUCAAAAGGCCUAUGACGCAACAGAAAAGAACUAUCUAGAGCUGCCUAUUUUUCUCAAUCCCAAUAAUGUAACCAUCAACCAGCAGUACAUUCAGCUGUCCGGAAGUAUACCGGUCGAUGUUGGCCAGUUGAAGGUUCUUCAUGUCCUUGAGCUUCUUGGCAACAACUUGUCUGGCAGCAUCCCAGAUGAAGUGUCAAACCUCACCAAUUUAGAGAGGCUUGAUCUGUCCGACAAUAGUUUAUCUGGCGAAAUCCCUUGGUCGCUAACAAGCCUCCUAUUUCAACGUGGCGAACAACAGUCUCGAAGGGCCAAUACCCACAGGAGGCCAGUUUGA